AUGUCUUGUUUUAGGUUUUUUCGGAGUAUGAGUAGCGAGGCCAAGGUUGUUGCCAAGGCUAAGGCUAAGAGUGCAGCUGGGUUUUCCCUGCUCAAUCUUAAGGUGGGCAGGUUCGUGCGUGUGGAGGCACAUCCCAAUUCAGACAAGAUGUACGUGUCGCAGGUGCAGCUGGCAGGCGAUUCUGUGAAGCAGAUUUGCUCUGGACUUAGAGAGCACAUUGCUCCGGAGUUUCUGGAGGGCAAGUUGUGCGUUGUGGUGGACAAUAUGAAGAAGUGCAAGUUGCGCGGGGAGUUCAGCGAGGCGAUGGUGCUGUGUGGGGAGCACGCGGAACCUUCUGGUGGAAAAACUAGGGUCGAGCUUGUGUCGCCGGAAAAAGAGUCGUUAGAGUUGGUGGGGAGGCAGGUGGUUAUUGAUGCGGAGGCUGAGGACGCUACGGACCGGAAGAUCAAGCCCAGGGAAUGGGAGGCUGUUUCGUCGUGUUUGCAGGUGGAUGGGUCGCGCGGGGUGGUGUACAUGGACGAGGGAAAGGCGAAGCCGUUGUUCGUGAAAGUUGGCGAUGAGAAGGUCCGAGUGACGGUCGCGACGCUGCCUGAGGGCAGCAACGUGCGCUAG